GUGAGCCGGCGGCGCCGCAGGUCGCGAAGACGAGCGUCGAGCGUAGGGUUCGCUCGCCGGGGCGGCCGGAGAGCGUCUUCAUUGCGGGUGCUUGCGCCGCCAUCUUAGAUGGCGGGAGUUAGAACCCAGCGAGCUUGAGGCGGGAAGUCUUCUCUGCCGCUCUCCGCGGGCCCUCAGACGGGCCAGCUGGCCGGGCUUUGGGGCGCGUGCCCUGAGGCGCGGGGCGCUAGUGCAGCGAUGCGGGGCCUCCCAGGGGCCCCGUCCCCCGGGCUGGGGACGCGCCGAAUGUGACCGCAUCCCGUUCGCUCAGCCACCGCCGCCGCCGCACGACGGGACCCGGCGUGACCCGGCUCCCUCAGCAUCAUGUGGUAAACUCAAAAGAAAACCAACCAGAUCCUCCUAGGACCUUUAAAGGUUUAAGUAGUGUUAAACUGCAUCAAUGGAGCACAUACAGGGAGCUUGGAAAACAAUCAGCAAUGGUUUUGGACUCAAAGAUGCCGUGUUUGAUGGCUCCAGCUGCAUCUCCCCCACAAUUGUUCAGCAGUUUGGCUAUCAGCGCCGGGCCUCAGAUGAUGGCAAACUCACGGAUUCUUCUAAGACAAGCAACACCAUCCGCGUUUUCUUGCCGAAUAAACAGAGGACGGUGGUCAAUGUGCGGAAUGGAAUGAGCUUACAUGACUGCCUUAUGAAAGCUCUGAAGGUGAGAGGCCUGCAGCCGGAGUGUUGUGCAGUGUUCAGACUUCUCCAGGAACACAAAGGUAAGAAAGCACGCUUAGAUUGGAACACUGACGCCGCCUCUCUAAUUGGAGAAGAACUGCAAGUGGAUUUCCUGGAUCAUGUUCCACUCACAACUCACAACUUUGCCCGGAAAACGUUCCUGAAGCUUGCAUUCUGUGACAUCUGUCAGAAGUUCCUGCUGAAUGGAUUUCGAUGUCAGACUUGUGGCUACAAGUUUCAUGAGCACUGUAGCACCAAAGUACCUACUAUGUGUGUGGACUGGAGUAAUAUCAGACAGCUCCUGCUGUUUCCAAAUUCCACUGUUGGUGAUACUGGAGUCCCAGCACUACCUUCUUUGACAAUGCGCCGGAUGCGGGAGUCUGUUUCCAGAAUGCCUGCUAGUUCCCAGCACAGAUACUCCACACCUCAUGCCUUCACUUUCAACACCUCCAGCCCUUCCUCUGAAGGUUCCCUCUCCCAGAGGCAGAGGUCAACGUCCACUCCCAAUGUCCACAUGGUCAGCACCACCUUGCCUGUGGACAGCAGGAUGAUUGAGAAUAACAGCCUGAAUGCCUCUCCCAGGGCGUGCUCCAGACGGUUUUGUCUGAGGGGAAGAGAUGCAAUUCGAAGUCACAGUGAAUCAGCCUCACCUUCAGCCCUGUCCAGCAGCCCCAACAACCUGAGCCCAACAGGCUGGUCACAGCCCAAAACCCCUGUGCCAGCACAAAGAGAACGGGCACCAGGAUCUGGGACCCAGGAAAAAAACAAAAUUAGGCCUCGUGGGCAGAGAGAUUCAAGCUAUUACUGGGAAAUAGAAGCCAGUGAGGUGAUGCUGUCCACUCGCAUUGGGUCAGGCUCCUUUGGCACCGUGUAUAAGGGCAAGUGGCACGGAGAUGUUGCAGUAAAGAUCCUAAAGGUGGUUGACCCAACCCCAGAACAGCUCCAGGCCUUCAGAAAUGAGGUGGCUGUCUUGCGCAAAACAAGGCAUGUUAAUAUCCUGCUGUUCAUGGGGUACAUGACAAAGGACAACUUGGCGAUUGUGACCCAGUGGUGUGAGGGCAGCAGUCUCUAUAAACACCUGCAUGUCCAGGAGACCAAAUUCCAGAUGUUCCAGCUAAUUGACAUUGCCCGACAGACAGCUCAGGGAAUGGACUAUUUGCAUGCAAAGAACAUCAUCCACAGAGACAUGAAGUCCAACAAUAUAUUUCUUCAUGAAGGCCUCACGGUGAAAAUUGGAGAUUUUGGUUUGGCAACAGUCAAGUCACGAUGGAGUGGCUCUCAGCAGGUUGAGCAGCCCACGGGCUCUGUGCUGUGGAUGGCCCCAGAAGUAAUCCGAAUGCAGGAUAACAACCCGUUCAGCUUCCAGUCUGAUGUCUACUCCUAUGGCAUUGUGCUGUAUGAGCUGAUGACAGGGGAGCUUCCCUACUCCCACAUCAACAACCGAGAUCAGAUCAUCUUCAUGGUGGGCCGUGGGUAUGCUUCCCCAGACCUUAGCAGGCUCUACAAAAACUGCCCCAAGGCAAUGAAGAGGUUGGUGGCCGACUGUGUGAAGAAAGUAAAGGAAGAGAGGCCUCUGUUUCCCCAGAUCCUGUCUUCCAUCGAGCUGCUUCAGCACUCUCUGCCGAAAAUCAACAGGAGCGCCUCUGAGCCCUCUCUGCAUCGGGCAGCCCACACUGAGGACAUCAAUGCUUGCACGCUGACCACAUCCCCGAGGCUACCAGUCUUCUAGCUGAUGUUGUAGCUGCUCUAAGGCCACCAGGGGAGGAAGAGUCAGCAGGCACCACUUUGUUUCCUCGGGGGCAGAAUGCAUGUUUUCAGAGAAGCUGCUGCUAAGGACCUAGACUACUCACAGGGCCUUAACUUCAUGUUGCCUUCUUUUCUACCCGACUGCCCUGGGAAAGGAAGCUGUCCACCAUGCUAGCCUGCUCUGCUCCAGGAAUACAAAAGUCAGCGGAGUAUUUUAGAGCAAGAAAAUGGCCUUGGAGAGAGUCAAAGUGGCUUGCACUCUGGCUGCUGCAGGGACAUGCAGUCGGGAACUUAGCUCGCUGAGCCUAUCUGCUGCAGGGCACAGACAGUGGUGCGGUGCCAGUUUUGCACAUGGAGUCUUGGCCACCUGGGGAGCCUGCUUUGGUACUACGGAACUUCACUUUGCAGACACACCCUCUCUUAACUGUGUCUAAGGUGUCCUGUGUGGAUGGCUUUCCAAGCACGGUGCUCCACCUUCGGGCAGCCUCCCACACGCUGAAUCUGUCUUCCAGAAGCUGCCCCUAUGGGGUGGGCUGCAGCCCAGCCUAUCUCUAGUCACAUCCUUGUCUGUAAGAAAGCCAAGAAUACAGGUUUUCUUAAUGAUUUUGGGUUUUAAUUUUGUUUUUAUUGCGCCUGACAAGAUACAGUUAUCUGAUGGUUCCUCAAUUAUGUUAUUUUAAUAAAAUAAAUUAAAUUUA